GAGGAAAAACAGAAACUAAAUGUGUCAACCUUGGAAUGCUUAGCCAAAGCACUAAGUAAAAAGCCCCUUCAUUCCUUACUGAAAUUGCUUUGACUCCAAUCCUGCAAGAAUUAUUAAAAGUCAGAGCAGCUUUGUGAAGCUAAUGUUUCUGGCACUUCAACAAGGAUGUUGGUGUUUCAUUUGUCAGUGAUGAUCAAGCUUUUCUUCCAGUUGGAUGCAGCUAUUUGUCCUGAGAAGUGUGACUGCUCUUCAAAAAAUGCAAUUCAUUGCUCUGGCCCCCACAUAAAAGACCUGGAAUUGUUAAAUCUGCCUUGCAACAUGACAGAAAUUCACAUAACAAAUGCUAACAUAUCGUAUUUGCAGGAUGUUUUUGCUAGGAUGAUGGAACUGCAGCAUCUCAUCCUGUCUUCAAACAACAUUGCUCUGGUUUCACCAAUGGCUUUUAAAGGUUUGGGAAGGCUCACAGUCCUCAAACUGCUAAAUAAUAAACUGGUUGAACUUCCCCCAGAAGUAUUUGAUGACAUGGUACAGCUUCAGCAAUUGAUCAUUGAAAGUAACAGGCUGAAGUCUAUCGAGGAGAAUCUGUUUGACAAACUGGUUAGUUUGCAGGAGCUGUACUUGAACAAAAACCAACUAACAGCACUUCCCAGUGGCGUGAUGAAGAAACUUGCCAAACUCAGAGUACUGAACUUGUCAAGAAAUUACUUAGCAGCACUGCCUAGAAAUAUAUUUAGUGCAUUAGCCAGGCUUGAGAGGCUGAUGCUGUAUAUUAAUAGGCUGUCUUCCAUAGAGUCAGGUAUGUUUGAUAGCCUGAAGGAGCUGCAGGAGCUUUUCCUGCAUUCCAAUAAUAUCCAUUCCAUUGCCCCUGAUGCGUUUCAUUGUCUUCGUAAACUAAGAACGCUGACACUCUCCAGAAACAGGCUUCAGGUUUUGCCUUCUGGGCUUUUUUUGCACUUGCAUGACCUGUCUAAACUGACCUUGUACAGGAACCCACUGAAGUCUCUUCCAGAAGUACUGUUUGGAGAGAUGAGACAUCUUGGUAGCCUAUGGCUGUAUCACACAAAGCUCUCAACAAUACCAGAUUUUGUGUUUAGUAACUUGACAAAUUUAGAGCUUCUUGUGCUGAGUUUUAAUCCAGAGCUUACGGUUCUUCCUAGGAAUGUAUUCAGUGGCCUGAAUGAACUGCGGGGCCUUUCUCUCCAUACAAGUAAUAUUUCCAGUUUGCCAGAGGGAAUCUUUCUGAGCCUUCAGAAACUGCAGAACAUUUCCCUCUUUGAUACAAGGCUUGAGGCUCUUCCUAAAAACCUCUUUCAUAAUCUCAAGCACCUCCAGAAAGUUUACCUGAAUAGUAGUAACCUGCAGUCUCUUCCUGCAGACCUCUUUACUGCUUUACCUGAGCUGGAAGAAGUUGUCCUUGACGACAACCCUUGGAAAUGCGAUUGCCAAAUUCUCGGUUUCCGAGAAUGGCUCCAAAAGAGCAGAGCAAUAGUUAAAAAUGUGCAAUCUCUGAUGUGCCACAGCCCAAUGGAACUGCAGAAUGUUUCUCUUGUGUCUCUAAGCAUCGAUGACCCAGAGUGCCUGCCAACCACAGCAAUGACCUCUCAGACAUUCAGCUCAACUUAUUCCCACACUUCGCCAUCUCCUGUGACGGAGCACUUCACAUCACCUCAGGAGACUGCUGGAACAGUGCUGUCCCACAUGGAAAUCACCAGCACACCCACGACAAUUCCUCCUGCAACUCCAGGUUUUACCUACUCCCGUGAUGAAGAUGUUGGACAACCUGGGCUACAUUUCUCAGAUGUUCCAGUCCAAACUUCUCCCAGCAUCAUAGCACGAACCAACAGUGUCAGAGGGACAGAUUUAACUACUCUUGUCUGGUGGGAUGAGUUUCCAGCCCACAGCAGUGCUAAACCCUAUUUUAAUACCAGAGUUACUUAUUGCCAGCUAUUCUUGUGUGUUCACAGUUUGAUUUUAACACUCCAGAGUGUAGUCAUUGUGCUCAGUCUGUAUGUGAUGGGUAACACCAGGCAGCUCUUGCUCUCCAGGAAUAUUCCUGCUCAGCCUGUAGUUCUGAUAAGAAUAUUAAGAAGAUAGAGAAAUCUAGACCAAGAAAGAAC